AUGCGGAAAGAGUUGCCGUUUGAGAUGGAUGAACUAUCUUCAGCCAGGUGGUCCAUGAUCGCAUCAUACAUGCCGGGAAGAACAGACAACGAGAUCAAGAACGUGUGGAACACUCAUCUCAAGAAGGGCAAGUCUUUAUCAUCAUCAAAUGUUACGAAUCACCAAGCCUCUUCAGUGUCCUCCUCCUCCUCAGCAGUCUCAUCACUCUCUAAUGACGUUAUGAACAGCGAGAAGCCUAAUCAGGCAGAGGAGUUCAAGGGAAACUUCGGGGAGCUGGAGCCAAUGGCAUGUGGAUUUGAUUUGAAUGCUCCACAGUCACUAGAAUUUCUUUUUGAAGAUCAGCAGAUUCCUCCUCCUACAGCUGCUAAUCCGGAGGAGUCACUAGACAUCCAAAGGGAAGAAGGUCAGGAGCUGCCUAACCAAACGGUUGAACCAGGGCAAGAUGAAUGCAACGAGUGGCUCAACUUGGAUUACCCAACUCUCUAG